AUGUGUGGGAGUCACAUCGCUGGGGCGGACUGGGUCAGAGGAGAUGAGAAGACAGGUAGACCUUCAGGCACGUCUUCAGGUGAAGCAGACAGAGAUCCUCCCAUCCCAAGGAAGAGGCAGAAGACAGUCAAGAUGAAGGAGAAGCUGUCUGCUGCAGCCCUGUGUGUGGGAGUGGGGAGUUUCAGUGACCCUGAGGACCUGCCUGGACUAGCUCACUACCUGGAGCACAUGGUGUUUAUGGGCAGUGAGAAGUACCCAGAUGAGAACGCUUUUGACGUCUUCAUCAAGAAACAUGGCGGCAGCGACAAUGCUUCUACUGACUGCGAGAGGACAGUUUUCCAGUUUGAGAUUCAGAGGAAGUUCUUCAAGGAGGCUCUGGACAGAUGGGCCCAGUUCUUCAUCUCCCCUCUGCUGAAGGUCGACAGUCUGGAGAGGGAGGUCAAAGCUGUGGAUAGCGAGUUCCAGAUGAACCUGCCCGUGGACAGCUACAGGAAACAGCAGCUGUUCUCCACCAUGGUCAAGGUCGGGCAUCCCAUGGCCAAGUUCAUGUGGGGGAACCUAGCUUCCCUGCAGCAGCAGCCUGCAGAGCGCGGCACCAACGUGCACCAGCGGCUGGGGGAGUUCAGACGGAGGUUCUACUCCGCUCACUACAUGACUCUGGCUGUGCAGUCUGCAGAACCCCUGGACAGGCUGGAGGAGUGGGUCAGAGAGGUCUUCUCUGCAGUACCAAACAAUGGCUGCCCAGCUCCAAACUUUGACGACUACAAGGACACCUUUGACACUCCUAACUUCUACAAGCUAUACAAAAUGGUGCCAGUGAAGUCCGUGAACCAGCUGGAGAUUACCUGGUCCCUGCCCUGCCAGAUGAGACACUACAGAGUGAAGCCGCUGCACUACCUAGGCUGGCUGCUAGGGCACGAGGGGAAGGGCAGCGUCUUCAACCUGCUCAAGAAAAGGAUGUGGGCUCUGGGCCUGUAUGCAGGAAACAACGAGCUGGGGUUUGAGCAGAACAGCACAAACUCUGUCUUCAAUGUCAUCGUGGUUCUCACAGACGAGGGGCUGGCUCAUGCCAAGGAGGUUACCACCGUAGUGUUCCAGUACAUCUCCAUGCUACAGAGACUUGGGCCCUGCAGGAGGGUUUAUGAGGAGAUUCAGACUAUUGAAGAUAAGGACUUCAGGUUCAAGGAUGAGACGGACCCUAUUGACUAUGUGGAGAAUGUGUGUGAGAACAUGCAGAUGUACCCUCCUCAGCACUACCUCACUGGGGAUAUACUCAUGUUUGAGUACGAUGAGCAGGUAAGUCACCUGUCUAUAUGUCCAGGGUUCAGACAAGUGCUUGCUGAGGCCCAGAACCUGCUGACCCCUGACCGGGCCAGCCUGCUGCUGGUGUCCCCACAGUUCAAAGGUGACUGUCAUCUCAAGGAACCCUGGUUUGAUACCCCCUACUGUGUCUCAGACAUUCCCAGUGACUGGAAGGAAGCAUGGAAAGAUCUGCCAGAGAACCCAGAGCUCCACCUGCCUGCUGAGAACAGGUUCAUAGCCAAGGACUUCUCUCUUAAGGAGCAUGACCUUAAAGACUCUAAGUACCCAGAGAAGAUCCUGGACACCCCCCAGAGCAGAUUAUGGUACAGGCCGGACACUAAGUUCCACCAACCCAAAGCUUAUGUACAUUUCUACCUCAAGUCACCCCUCAUAGGGAGAACACCACAAAGUGUUGUGCUGCUGGACCUGUUCCUGAACCUGCUGGCACAGAACCUCACUGCCGUGGCUUAUGAUGCUGAUGUGGCACAACUGGUGUACAAGUUUGUAGCUGAAGACUCUGGGAUGGUCAUCAAACUUAGCGGCUUUAAUGAGAAGCUGCCUCUGCUGUUUGAGACCAUAGUAGACUACAUGGCAGACUUCAGUGUGUCUGAGGAGAUGUUCCAACUGUUAUUUGAGACGAUAGUUGACUACAUAUCAGACUUCAGUGUGUCUGAGGAGAUGUUCCAGGCAGUUAAGACACAGCUAAGACGAUCUUACUACAACCAUGUCAUCAAACCCAUGCAGCUCGUCAGAGAUGUGCGUUUGUCCAUUCUGGAGAAAACCAAGUGGACGACGCUGGACAAGCGUCAGGCGAUGCGCCCCCUGGAGAGGCAGGAUAUACUGCAGUUUGUCGGCCAGUUCAGGAGGAAGCUGUUUGUGGAAGGGCUGGUGCAGGGGAACUACACACACCAGGAAGCUCUGAAGUUUGAGGAAUAUCUUGUCCGAAAGCUGUCCUGUGCCCCUGUCCCCCCUACCCUGCUGCUGGGCUUGAGGGUGAUGCAGGUUCCCCGGGGGGGUCACUUCUGCCGCUUCAAAUCCUUCCACAGGAGCGACGCAAACUCUGUCAUCACUAACUACUACCAGUCCGGACCAGGAGACAUCUGCAGACUGAUGCUGAUGGAACUGAUGGUGAUGCUGAUGGAGGAACCCUGUUUUGACUACCUCAGAACUCAGGAACAGCUGGGCUAUGCAGUUUUCCCCACAUGUCGGGACACGGCAGGAAUCCUGGGAUUCUCUGUCACAGUCCAGACUCAGGCUACCAACUUCAGUGUGACAGAGGCCAAUGCCAAGAUGGAGAAAUUUCUUGAGGAGUUUGAAAAAAUCUUAAAGAACAUGACAGAAGAGAACUUUGCUGCACAGGUAACAGCCCUGGUGACCCUGAAGCUGUGUGCUGACCUGCACCUCGGGGAGGAAGUGGACAGGAACUGGGAGAAGAUUGUGGAUCAGACGUACCUGUUUGACCGGCUGGAAAGGGAGAUCGCUGCUCUCCAUGAGCUGACUCUGGGCCAGCUGCAGGAGUGGUUCCAACAACAUGCUUUCACAGACAGGCACAAACUCAGCAUACAGGUCAGUACAGGCACAAACUCAGUAUACAGGUCAGUACAGGCACAAACUCAGCAUACAGGUUGUGGGGGAGGGGGGCAGUGA